CCUCUGCAAAACCCUUAACCAGAGCAGAAAAAAAAUGUGCUUUUCUGAUUCCGUCGCUCAUCCGGAACUGGAAGCAGCAAGAACAUCUGUGGUCGCAACUGCACCAACGCAGUGACGAUUACUCUGCAGAUGACGUUAACCUUACCUACAAUUUCUUUUGCGGCAACUUUCUUCCCCCAGGAACAACGUUGUUGCGUGGGAAGGUUCGGUAGAAUAACAGGUCUAGUGCAGAAACCCCUUUCAGCUCCGGUGAGUUUUCGAGCCUCUCCGAAGUUGUUGACUGAGUGCCGCAACAGCAGCUCCUCCUCCUCGUCCUCCAAUCUCUUCAAAGGAUCAUUUUUCUCGCUUUUCCAAGAGUUUGCAUUUGGAGAAGAACAAACCCAACUUCUAUUGGAGAAGAACCCACCUCUCAGAGUUUGGACGUUGGAGUCUCUGCGAAACCGACUUCGUUCUCUGCAGUUGGCUGGAAUCGAUGGCUUUGCUCUCUGUCGUUUGAUAGCCAAACGCCCCGAAAUACUCACCGCAGAACAAAUUGGACCGCUCCUCUGCUUUCUAAGGGAUGAUUUGAAAGGGCAGAUCGAACCCGUGAAGCUCGAACGUUUUUUGACCUUUACAGAACUCCAAUUUUUUUAUGGUUUUGCAGGAAAGGUUGAAUUGCUUUUUAACCAGGGAAUUCCAAAGGAAGAACUCCCUCAUAUUCUCAAUAACAUUAAUCUCAAGGUGUUCUGCCAUAAGCCAACUAAAGAGAUCGAGCGGACGAUUCUUUACCUGAACCAUUUCGAUGGUGUCAACUUGAUCGUUCGACGCCCCGCACUUCUUAAUUUGGAUUUGGAAACGCAACUAAUUCCACGUACCAUGAUUCUCAUAGAGCUUAGCGGUGGAGAUGAAAGUGCCACGGGAGCCGUAUUGCGUAAACUCCCAUCUGUCCUAACCUACAGCCCCGAGCAUCUACGAAGCCAUACCGAGUUCUUCAGAUCCUCCGUUGGCUUGACAGACCCUGAAAUUUUUAAGAUCGUUCUUGUGUACCCAAAUGUCUUCAGUGUCAGCAAGGAUAGGAAGUUGAGUCCUCGGGUUGAGUUCCUCAAGCAAUGUAGGUUGAAUUCAAUUGAUAUAUUCAGGUUCCUCAUCAAAGCACCACUGUUUCUUAGCUUAUCUUUCAAAGAGAACCUCUCUGUGAAAUUGGGGUUUCUGGUGAAGAUCGGGUAUAAAUAUAAAACGAAGGAGCUAGCUCUGGCGUUGGGGGCAGUGACCAGAACCAGCUGUGAGAAUUUGCAGAAGGUGAUCAUGGUCUUCCUGGCUUAUGGGCUCUCCUACGAUGACAUUCAUACCAUGAGCAAGAAGCAUCCUCAGAUAUUGCAGUACAAUUACGGGUCAUUAGAGAAGAAAAUGGAAUACUUGAUCGAGGAGAUGGGCCGAGAAAUUGAAGAGUUGUUGGCCUUUCCUGCCUUUCUGGGUUACAAGCUUGAUGGGAGAAUCAAGGACAGGUAUGAAGAGAAGAAGAAACUAAUAGGGGAAGGAAUGUCACUCAACAAGCUGUUGAGUGUAUCCACCGAGAGAUUUUCAAAGAAGAAGAGAAAGAAUCCAGUGCCCAUAUAAUAGAAUUUAAUCCCCGGUGGAGAAUUGGGGAAUUAGAAAUCUGUUCUGAUGAAGAACCCAUUAGUACCAUUGUUCAUGGCCAACGGAUAUAGAGGAUUAAAUUUUCUAUUGGUC